AUGUCGGCAGACCAGCUCCGGCGACUCAACGAGGCGCGCAGCAUUGCUGCCCUCCGGGCGCUGGGCGGCCAGGCCGAACUGGCGCACGCAAUACGCAGCGACGCCAAGGCCGGCCUCAGCCUGGACGGAGAUCACUCGGACCGUCGGAAGGUGUAUGGCGAGAACCGGCUGCCCAAGCCCAAGCAGCGCUCGCUGCUGCAGCUCGCGUGGCUGGCCUUCAACGACAAGCUUAUCUUCCUGCUGACGGCGUCCAACGUGGUCUCCCUGGCGCUCGGCAUCUACGAGGCCGUCACCGACGACGGCGAGGGCGGCGACGGUGGGGGCAAGCUCGAGUGGAUCGAGGGCGUGACCAUUGCCGUGGCGAUCCUCGUCAUCGUGUUCGGCCAGGCCAUCAACGACAAGCUGCGGAACAGGAGGUUCUUGAAGCUCAACGAGAAGAAGGACGAGAGAGAUGUCGCCGUCGUGAGGUCCGGGAGGAACACCGUCAUCUCCGUCUUUGACAUCUUGGUGGGCGAUCUCGUAAGGCUGGAAGCUGGGGAUGUCGUGCCGGCAGAUGGCGUCCUUGUCGACGGGUUCGGCGUGCAGUGCGACGAGUCUCCGCUCUCGGGCGAAUCCGAAUUGGUGGCCAAGAUUCCCGUUCGCGAGGCCGUGGCCGAGCCCGUGGCCGAGGCCGGCGGGCACAGUGACUGCUUCAUCAUGAGCGGCACUCGAGUCGUGCACGGCGUGGGCACCUAUCUCGUCACCGCCGUCGGCACAAAUUCCGUGUACGGCCGGAUCCAGAUGAGCCUCCACAACGACGUCGAGGAGACGCCUCUGCAGCGCAAGCUCGGCCGCCUGGCAAAGUACAUCAUCAUCGCCGGGUUCGUCGUCGGCUCGCUCUUCUUUACCAUCCUGCUCAUCCGCUGGCUCGUCCGGCUGCGGUAUUUUGUCGGAACCCCCGAGGACAAGGGCGAAUCCUUCCUGGACAUCUUCAUGCUCUCGGUGACGGUCGUCGUCAUCGGGGUGCCCGAGGGGCUGUCACUUGCCGUGGCGGUCGCGCUGGCCUUCGCUACCACCCGGAUGCUGAAGGACAACAACCUGGUGCGCCUGCUCCGGUCGUGCGAGACCAUGGGCAACGCCACCACCAUUUGCUCCGACAAGACGGGAACGCUGACCCAGAACGUGAUGUCGGUGGUGUCCGGCGUCAUUGGCAAACCGCUUGGCCGGGAGAAGCAGCAGGAGCCGCGGGUUUCGCCGCCAGUUACCGACGACAAGAGGCAGUCCGAAUUCGAAAAAGAAGGGCCGACACCGAUGGUUACAGGGGCUAACCUCUCUGGCACCACGCUCUCGGCCGACGUCGUGGAGCUGCUGAAACAAAGCGUGGCCCUGAACUCGACGGCGUUUGAGCAGGGCGGGCCGGGGACGUCGGACUUCAUCGGGUCCAGCACGGAAAGCGCGCUGCUGAAGUUUGGCCGCGACCAUCUCGCCAUGGGACCGCUCGCGGAAGAGAGAGAGAACGCCGAGGUGGUGGAGCUUUUCCCGUUCAACCCCGUCCGGAAGUGGAUGGCCGCGCUCAUCAAGACCGGAGCAGGAGGCAAGCACCGCAUGCUGGUCAAGGGAGCGCCCGAGGUCAUCCUUGCCAAGUGCUCGACGGUCCUCAGCGCGCCCGAGGAGGGCUUGGCCUCGGAGGUACUCACGGAACAGAUAGGCAGCGACCUGUCGUCGUUUGCGCACGAGCUCUCGGGCCAAAUGCUGAGAACGGUCGCGCUCGCGUACCAAGACUUCGACGUCUGGCCCCCGGCCACGGACACGACCGCCGACGACGACGACGGGACUCUGACCUCCCAGACGGGCGUGGGCGUCGAAGCCGGCAGGGUGGACUUCGAAGGUCUCUCGCAGCACCUGACGCUGGCCGGCAUCCUGGCCAUCCGUGACCCGCUCCGGCCCGAAGUGCCCGACUCGGUCCGCAAGUGCCAGGACGCCGGCGUCUUUGUCCGGAUGGUGACCGGGGACGCCUUCGAGACGGCGCGGGCCAUCUCCCAGGAAUGCGGCAUCUACACGGCAGGCGGCAUCGCCAUGGACGGCCCCACUUUCCGGAAACUCACCUCGCAGCAGCUGGGCCUCGUGCUUCCUCGCCUGCAGGUGCUUGCGCGGUCGAGCCCCGCCGACAAGGAGAGGCUGGUCCGCCAUCUCAAGCGGCUCGGCGAGACAGUGGCCGUGACGGGCGACGGCACCAACGAUGCCUUCGCCCUGAAGGCAGCCGAUGUCGGGUUUGCCAUGGGUGUUAGCGGGACCGAGAUCGCGAAGGAAGCCAGCUCCAUCAUUCUUAUGGACGAUAACUUUGCGAGCAUUGUCAAGGCGCUGGCAUGGGGGAGGACGGUCAACAACGCGGCCAAGAAGUUCAUCCAGUUCCAGUUUACCAUUAACAUUACGGCAGCCAUCUUGACCAUCGUCUCUACCCUGGUCGACGACGUCGAUGCCUCCAUCUUUGCCGUCAUCCAGCUCCUGUGGCUGAAUCUGAUCAUGGAUAUCUUCGCGGCUGCCGCCCUCGCAACCGACUCCCCGACGCCGGAUCUCUUGAAGCGGCGACCCGAGCCACGAAACGCCCAGAUCAUCGACGCCACCAUGUGGAAGAUGAUCCUCGGCCAGUCCAUCUACCAGCUGGCCGUGAUCUUCUCCCUGCACUACGCCGGCCGCGGCGUUUUCACGGCUUCUGGCGCGGACGAAGGCGUGCGGGACGUGCAGCACCACACGCUUGUCUUCAACACGUACAUGAUGAUGCAACUCUUUAACCAGCUGAACUGCCGACGGACGGACAACGACCUCAACAUCCUUGCCGGCGUGCACCGCAACCCGUGGUUCAUCGGCGUCCAGCUCCUGACGCUCGCCGGCCAGAUUGUCAUCAUCUUCAAGGGCGGCAACGCCUUCCAGACGGCGCCGCUGACGGGCGCGCAGUGGGGCUGGUGCCUGCUGUUCGGCCUGCUGACCCUCCCGCUGGGUGCCGCCAUCCGCCAGGUCCCGGACUCGCUCGUCGCCGCCCUCGGACGGCGCCUGCGCCCUCUCGCCUGGCCGGUGCGCCGCGCCGUGCGCUUCUUCCGCGGCCGGAGGGAGAAGUCUAGGAGAAAAAACAAGUCGGAUCUCGAGCAGCGCAUCGGUGAUAGAGCGCCGUAUUACUUUGAGGACCUUGAGGAUGACGAGGAGAGGCGGGUGCGACGGAUCCAGUGGACGUGGCACUGGCAGCACGCGGAGAAGGCCACCACCACUACAACAAAUAGUACUAAAAAGAAGAAAGCCCCGACGGGCCACGGGAUCGCCAGCGCCAUGGCUUCGGCCGGCGCCGAUCUGGCCAACCAGACGGUCGCUGCCGUCGGGCUUCCGCAGCGGUUGGGCCGGGCCGCGACGGGGUUUUCGCAGGUGACUACGACGACAGCGGCGACUGCGACGGAGGACGACAACAACGACGACCUUUACACGGGCGCAGGCAGAGGCGAGAUUAUCGAUCUUCCGGCGGCCAUUGAGAGGGCGAAGCGCGGGGGUGGCGCCGAUACCGCCGCUGGCUCGUGGCGGCUGGAGGUGCACCCGGACACGGACAGGGACGAUCCGGUUAUUAUGCCUGACAUUAUCAGGGCCCGUGUGCCGCCGAGCCAGAACGCGGCGCUCCAACGGUGGAUGGCAUAG